ACAUUUUUUAUUACAAUUGUAGCUCGAGAUGUUAACUCGGCUAUUGUUGCUGGCCUUCAUCGUGGCGGCAUGUCAAGCUCUCUAUUUCCACAUUGCCGAGACGGAGAAGAAAUGCUUCAUCGAGGAAAUUCCUGAUGAAACUAUGGUAACCGGUAACUACAAAGUUCAACUCUAUGAUCCCAACACGAAAGGGUACGGAGAUUACCCAAAUAUUGGAAUGCAUGUGGAAGUGAAAGAUCCCGAAGAUAAGGUUGUACUUUCUAAACUGUACACGUCUGAGGGCAAAUUUACCUUCACUUCACAUCUUCCUGGCGAACAUGUGAUCUGUUUGUACUCAAACAGCAGCGCAUGGUUCAGUGGAGCCCAGCUCAGAGUUCACCUUGAUAUCCAAGCUGGAGAACAUGCCCAAGAUUAUGCACAGAUUGCCACAAAGGACAAGCUCAACGAGUUGCAACUCCGGAUUCGUCAGCUACUGGACCAGGUCGAGCAGAUCACAAAGGAGCAAAAUUACCAACGAUACAGAGAAGAACGUUUCCGACAAACUUCCGAAUCCACCAACAGCCGAGUUUUGUGGUGGUCAGUUGGUCAAACACUUGUCUUGGUGCUCACUGGUGCUUGGCAAAUGCGACAUCUCAAAGGCUUCUUUGAAGCUAAGAAACUUGUCUAAACGUUUUUUUUUAAUUUUCAACGAUGCUAGCUCAGCUGUUCAAAGUGAAACAUAGAGUUCUAUACAAAAACAUGUUUCACAUCACUAUGUAGAAGACGGUUCUGUGUUAUACUUCGAUAUCAUUUUUCUUGCUCUUUUUCUUGGGUGUAAUAUUAUCGCUUGGUCCAAUACUGGC